CCUCACUUGCAAAUCUCGAUUAAAAAAGAAAAAACUGCCCGGCUUCUCCUGCUAUUUCCGAGUCCUCCGAGUCUUUCAACCGUUUCCAAGUAAGUUUUCUCCCCUUUUCUGAGUCAUGUCUGAUCGUGAGGAUAGCCAGAACCAGUCGGGCCACUCCUAUGGUUCUGGUGGCCAGUCUCUCUCAUCCAGUUCCUCUUCUUCUUCUUCCUCUGAUUCCGGGUGCCCGGCUACUUCUCCACAGAAGAGGCCGGUUGACGCCCCCGCUUGCGCUCCUUCUUCUUCCGCGGCGCAAGUGGUCUCGGUUGCCCAGAUCGUGGAUGAGGGCUUCAUCCAGCUAGACGACCGGCUGCUCCAAGAGCUGCCCUCGUCUAUGCAGAAGUCUCAAGUCCACGAACUGCGUAAUCUGAUGCCUGAUGGGUAUCAAUUGACAUACCGGGCGACGUGGAAGAGCAUCAUACCUCUCCACACUGGUACGUCGAUUGGUAUCCAUUACCAUUCGAUCAAGGACUUGGGUGAAUUCUCCAUUCACCCAUUCAAAGUCCUUUUCUUUGAAACCUAUGGGAUCAUGCCCGGGCAAUUGGCCCCAAAUGGUCACCGUCUUCUGAGCAGCUUCAUCAACGUCUGCCGUUUUCUCCGCAUUCCCCUUUCUCUGCGUCUGUUCGAUCACAUGUUCGAUGUCCGGCCCGGGUCCAAGGAAACCCUUGGAUUCGUGGUGGUGUCUUCCCACCAAGGCCGGGCAUUCCUUUGUGGCCUUCCACCUUCUAACAAGAGGUGGAAGGAUAAAUACGUAUCCAUCAAGUUCCCCCCGGCUUCAUUUCCUUUCGCCCAAAAUGUCUGGGGGAAGAGGAUGAGGCGUCAGGUCAAACCUGCGGAGGCUGAUGACCUGGCUACUUGGGAAGCCACUCUCCGGGCCGGGGACGCCUCCACCCGCGGUCAGUACCACGUUGGGAAGUGGGGUGUCUACCCCGGCCGGGAGACCGACCCCGAGCCAGAGAUUGUCCUGCCCGGGAUGAUCCCCGAAGCCAUCCCCAUCAACCGGGCUAAGGGACCCAAAGCCAGGGCCACAGCCGCCGCCGGUCCUUCACGCCCGGCGAAGAAGAAGAAGGAGAAAGUGGUGAAGUUCCAGUCCAAGUUCGCCGUCCCCGAGAUUGUGGUCGAGGAGCCCUCCUCUGCUCAGCCACUCUCCACUCCACCGAGCCAACCGUUCCUGCUGGACGCCCAGCCGGCUCAAUCCCACCAAGGAACCAGCCAGCCCAUUCACUCGGGGGAUCUCUACCUCAAUGUAGAGACCUUCGAGUUUGACACUCUGAUGGGGGAGAAUGGGCGUACCUCCCAAGCCGGUCAGGCGGGCCAGCCCAACGUGGAGGGCGAAGACGAAGAAGAGGCUGCUGAAGAGUCCCUCCAGCGGAAGAGGCGGAGGACUGAAGAGGUCAACCAGCCGGCUCACCAAAGGCCCCAGGCCUCCGACGCUGGUAAAGGACCCAUAGUCCCCCGGUCUCCACUUCUGAUGAGCCGGUCGAACGAGGAGCUUUUUCAAGCUUUUCGUUCCGACCUGUCUGAGGUCAGCCGGAUCGGGGAGGAGUACUUUGCCCGGCUGGUGAAGUCGACGGAUGAGGAGAAGGCCCGGAUGGAGGCCAUAAUGCUCUACGCCAAACACGAGGCCCUUCUCAAGGCCGCGAAAGAGGCCGACGAGCAGGCUCAGGCCAAGAUCCAGCAGCUAGAGGCCGACAAUGCCCGGUCGGCUGAGGAGAUCGCUCGUCUGAGCGAUGAGCUGGAGAGAGAGCAAUCGGAGCGGGCUGCCGUUGCCGCUGCCUGGCCUGUCCAAGCGCCGGAGGAGUUUUCUGCCAAGGCACUUCCUGACCGGGAGACAGCAAUCCGCUUCUUCCAAGGUCUGUAUAAGCACCCAAUUUCGGCCGGCAUUGUGGACGAGAUUGGGACUUAUGGCUUCGAAUGUGGCCAGUGCUCUGAGCGGAAGGCUCUAUAUGGCAUCCUUGAGCAGCGGAUUCAGGGCUUUCGGCCGAAAGCUCUAUCUCUGCCCGAGCUCCACAACGAGGCGCCUGAACCUCCUUUCCCGGGCAUCUGAUCCAUCCGGCCUUCUUCUUUCUUUUUCCUCUUUUUUUUUAUUUAUAAUGUAAUGAUCGCCCUCCGGGCACCUUUGUAAGAUUUGAUAUAUUAAUGAAAAUGUUUGUUACAU